GUGGGCAGAGCACACCCAGAGACACUCACAACCACCAUCAACAACACUUCUUCCAAGUCAGAGGUAAGGAGCAAACUGGGACAAUCCAAGAACAGGACAGGAAUGCAUUAUUAUUCAGAUAAGCUCCCUCUAUUAAGCAAAGCAAUUAAAGUCCUAUCCUUUACCGACCCAUGAGUGUUGAAUUAUGGAUAAUGAAACAGCUUAUGAGGACCAUACGUCCAGUUUCGGAAUACUAGAUUUUUUUGAUGACAAUAACAGCACAGGUGAAGAUGUCAUUUGUGAAGAUGAAAUUGACCUUAAUUUGAUUGUUCAUCUUUCUGUUGGCCCUGCGGUUCUUAUCAUCCUGAUGUUGUCAUUCUUCCAAAUACGCACCAAGAACACCAAAAUUGAUGAAAAGAUUAAAGUGAAGUUUUGUCAGAGACGGUUUGGAUUUGUUGUUCCUUUAGAUCUUACCGAGGCCUAUGAAAACAGAUGGACAUAUGGUUUUGCAUUUGGUGCGAUAGCCAAUAAAAUUAUUGUUCUGUUUCAAGAAGGAUAUCUGCCAGAUGGAGUCCCACCUUGGGCAAAAGGGCUUGGACUUUUAGCGGGAGCGUUAGAAGUCGGACUGGUGUUCUACCCAAUUUUUGCCUGUCUCACCACGGACAAUAGAAUAUUUGGAUCCAUUGUAGGAUUUUUAUACAGUUUGUUUUGGUUAAUGAUCACCCUGUUAGACCUUGUAGUAUGCCCUCAUGAAACCAUAUAUAAUGAAUAUGAAAAAAUAAUUUCAACAUGGCCGUCACUGCUGUCUUUUAUGUUUCUUUUGGGCCGAUUUCUCGUAAUUUUUAUUUUAAGACUGAAAAUGGGUGUCAAAAAGGAAGAAGACUGCCUUCUACCAGAACACCAAGAAAAAUAUGUCAAGAGGCUUCUCAGAAAGCCUGUAGAAGAACAUCAAUCCUGGUUUAAAAGAAAAAUCUUUUCUUGGGAUCCAUAUUUCAAGUUUCCUAACAGGAUAUUAGGCACUACAGUCCUCACCUUGUUCUGCUUGUACAUUUUUAUAACCUCGGAGUGGAAUGGUUAUAAACAAAUUAUGAAAUUAUUGAGGUCAUUUGAAGAGUUACUCACAAUAACAAAUGAUUUACCUCCAUUGCUACAACUUUUGAAGGAGUUUGCUGACGGACUGGAGGGCGUUUGGUUUUUCACAACAGUUUUUUCAUCCUUAGUGUCUGUUUUCUAUGUUGUUCACAUAUUAGUUUGCUACAGGCGACACAUAAAGCUGCUUUGGGUAGGAGAUAAAAGCUUUCUUCCUGCCCAGUUUCUUAAGCCUUCACCUGCUCAGAACGUGGCUUCAAUAGCUAAAUAUUCUGGCUUGCAAGUUGCAUAUAUUUUAUGGGGCUAUAUGAUAAUGCAUUUAGUGCAAAUUUGUGUUGGAAUGCUUUUCUUUUUUUUCAUUGUACUUCCUAUAAAAUAUGGAAUUUUUUGGGAUUUACUGAAGGAUUUAUUAAUUUUAAUGCUUGUUCCAUUUUUAAUUGUCUUUGUAAUAUCGACUCUGCAAAUUCGAUUAGCUGAAAAAUUCUUCCUGCAGGACAAGAUUUUCCCCAAUGAUAAUGAUAAACCUUUAGCUCUAAACAACAGGAAAGCAUUUCAAAACUUCAGUUAUUUCCUCUUUUUCUACAAUGUGAUUGUUGGUUUUGGGUCUUCCAUAAAACGACUGGUACAUAGUUUGGUGUUUGGAAGCUUGUUGAUUGGAAGAAUAGAUAGAACAUUACUGCCUAGAGGAUUUGAAACAAUGGACACUGGCCACAAAACAUGGAUAGGAAUGCUGUACGUGGAUCUGUACCACAAUAAUCCUGUUCUCAAAAGUUUUUGCUACAUUCUUCUGACAACAGUUCAGGAAAAAGAUCUAAAUGAAUGUGUUCUUGUUACCAGAGUAAAUGAACAUAAACAAGCCAGGACAAGAUGGUUUCUGUUCUAUACCCUUUUGAGAAACCCAAGACUUAGAAAUCACAGGAAACAUCAAGUGGAAGAAAGAAACGUUGAAACAUAUAUUUUGGCUAAUGACACAAUAGUAUAGAUUAUACCUGAGAAUUUCCCGUGUAUCGGUUCAGCGAUGAUUCUCUGUUCCUGUGAAUAGUGUACCCAUGUAAACUAUAUAUUGUUUUUUCAAGGAGAGAUAGAGCUUUCUUUUGAUACCAUAGUUGGAUGAUUAGCUGAAAAUUUAGAAUUAGAAAUUUAGUAAAAACUAACAAAAAUUAGAAAAAAACACCUAAUUUUUUUUUUA